GCCGGCUCGAGGCUGCAGACCGACUCGAUGGUUAAGCCUGCGGGGAUCUGCCCUGCUGCAGGCCCCUGGAAGGCAGCUUGCAGCAUCACAGACAUUCACAGGAUGCCUUAUUUUUCAAGACUCAUUUUGUUCUUGUUCUGCUUGAUGGUUCUUGUGGAGAGCAGAAAGCCCAAGAAGAGGAGAUGGACAGGGCAGCUGGGAACGUCCAAGCCAAGUCCCCUGUAUAAGAAGAACCCUGAUAUGACCAAAAUCCGACAUGGAAAACCUCAGCCGCUUCUCAGAGUGGAUGACCACGACUUCACCAUGAGGCCCGCCUUUGGAGGCCCUGCCAUCCCCGUGGGCGUGGACGUGCAGGUGGAAAGCCUGGACAGCAUCUCCGAGGUGGACAUGGACUUCACCAUGACCUUGUACCUGCGGCAUUACUGGAAGGAUGAGCGGCUGGCUUUCCCCAGUGCCAGCAACAAGAGCAUGACCUUCGACGGCCGGCUGGUGAAGAAGAUCUGGGUCCCUGAUGUCUUCUUUGUUCACUCCAAAAGGUCGUUCAUCCACGACACCACCACGGACAACAUCAUGCUGAGGGUGUUCCCAGAUGGGCAGGUGUUGUACAGCAUGAGGAUUACGGUCACCGCCAUGUGCAACAUGGAUUUCAGCCACUUUCCACUGGAUUCUCAGACCUGUUCUUUGGAGCUGGAAAGCUAUGCAUAUACAGAUGAAGAUCUGAUGCUAUAUUGGAAGAAUGGGGACGAAUCCCUGAAAACGGACGAAAAGAUCUCCCUGUCUCAGUUUCUGAUUCAGAAAUUCCACACCACUUCCAGACUGGCCUUCUACAGCAGCACGGGCUGGUACAACCGUCUGUACAUCAACUUCACGCUGCGUCGCCACAUCUUCUUCUUCUUGCUCCAAACCUACUUUCCCGCCACCCUGAUGGUCAUGCUGUCCUGGGUGUCCUUCUGGAUCGACCGCAGAGCCGUGCCCGCCAGAGUCUCACUGGGGAUCACCACGGUGCUGACCAUGUCCACCAUCAUCACGGGCGUGAACGCCUCCAUGCCCCGCGUGUCCUACAUCAAGGCUGUGGACAUCUACCUCUGGGUCAGCUUCGUCUUCGUGUUCCUCUCGGUGCUGGAGUACGCGGCCGUCAACUACCUGACCACCGUGCAGGAGCGCAAGGCGCGGAAGCCACAGGAGAAGCUCCCGUGCAUGUGCGGAAUGCUCCACUCAAGAACCAUGACGCUGGAUGGGAGCUGCAGCGAGUCCGAGGCCAACAGCCUGGCCGGGUACCCGAGGAGCCAUAUUCUGACGGAAGAAGACAGACAAGACAAGAUAGGGGUCCACUUGGCCCUGAGCAAUGAAUCCAGCUCCUCCAGGAAGAAGGGGCUUUUGAAGGGCCAGGUGGGUCUUCGCAUCUUCCAGAACACCCACGCCAUCGACAAAUACUCCCGGUUGAUAUUCCCAGCUUCCUACAUAUUUUUCAACUUGAUUUAUUGGUCAGUGUUUGCCUAGGGGCUCUGAACCUGUGCCUGGUGAAGGCAACUUCUAGACCCUUGCACUGUCCUGCCUGAUAGGGACAUCUCUGGGGUCUGGUCGGCUGCCUACACAUGGACAUACUGACCAUGUCCCCCCACAGAGCAGCAGCUCCUGG